AUGGCGCCCCCUGCUGAGAACGACUACUGCUGUCAGUUCCGGCCCAACACCUUCGACCCCGCCCGCUGCAGCUCCUGCCUGCGGCCGGAUCAUAUGCAUCUCAGCAUCAACGCCGUCACUGCUGCACAACAGGACAGUCCACAAGAGUUGGAUGCAGAUGCAGAUGGUGAUGAUGAUGAUGAUGAUGAUAAUUGCGCCUCGUCUGAAGUGACCACAAGUGCCAGCAGUGAUGAUGUCAGCGGUGGCUGGACUUACGAGUGGAGUCUUGUCCACAGCCUGAGUCCUGAGUGGGAACUUAAUAUCUGUGUCACAGACAUUCAAUCCAGCUCUUCAAAUCAACAGGACUGUCCAGAGAGGAGCAGAUCCCUCAGCUCAGAACGGCACUGUGUAGCCCAAAGAGAUAUGACCCGGUUGGACCCUUCUCCGCACCGAGGCACUGAAAGCUCCUGGAUGGACGAGAGGAGGGGCAGAGACAGGUCCCGCCGGGCAUCAGAGUCCAGAGGAGUCAGGGAACAAGAGAGUGGUUACUUUUCUCCAGAUCGAAAAGGUGAUGGUGUGCGGCAGAUGGAGGAAGUCAACAAACGGUCCUAUCGUUACUACGAGAGGGGACACCCCCUCCCCAGCAACUACGUUGUCGAGCCUAAGGCCUGCGUCCCCUACAGGAAUAUCAACCUUGGUGUGCCCUCGCAGAGGAGGAACACCGAGACGUAUAUUCAGGAAACUUGGAGAAGUGAAUCCCCACAGAGGUACACGUACCACUCCAACUUCAGACGGGAAAUGGACUCACAGAGAAAUUCUCCAUCCCGUCACAGCUCUGUGAGUCCAGACCACUACAAGACAACUGAAUCUCUUGUAGGACCUCAGAGAGGGAGCUCCCUCUCCAGGAGUCAAGGUCGGUCACGUGCCUCAUCUCAGCUUCCAUCACACGGUCCUUCUCGGCAUACAUCAGGCAGGUCCAGUCCAUCUCGCAGGAGGGGGUCAAUCGUCUCUCGGACUGGCUCCCCCUCAAGAAGGAGAGAAGGGGGAGCCCCGUCUCACAGGCGCACAGACUCCUUCCAUUUACAGAACGGUGAUUAUGAUGCUCUUAAGGGAUGCAGCAGAGAGUCGAGGAGUCUGUCGCAAGCGUCAGUCAAGCACAGCUUGGACUCUGAGAAACUCUACAGGAACUUGGAGUUUAUCUCCCGCCGGGGCUCCUCUGCCAUUCAGCAAAACUCACAUGAAGGAUCUCAAGCGUCUCCGCGAACCAGAACAUCUGUCAGCAGCUCGGCCAACACUCGCACUCAUAACAGCCGGGAGGUGUCACCAUCCAGGAAUGUCUACGGUUUGCACAGCCCCACCCCACGGAGGGAUCCCCACUCCAGGGACAGCAGACAGAGUCCUUCUCAAGGCUCGUGGCAGGGGUCUGCACACUCCUUACUCAGCAUCCCACUGUCACGUGGUUCUUCCACAUCGAGAAGAGGUGCCGACUCUCAGGUGCUUGGCGGUUCAGUGUCCCCUGUUGCAGUCACUGCAACUGAUAAGGGCAAUGAGGGGAACAGUAAGGUCGUCGGUGACAGGAGCAGGAGCAACAUGAGACGAGGCAUGGAGGCCUUGUUGAUAUCUGAACCCAAGAAAGAUGCAGUAAAUGCUGAGGAGGUGAGUAUUCCAGCGAUUUGGUUUAACUUCAGCUUGUGCAGAGGCCAGCGAUCCCAUCCCGUUGGUGUCAACUCUCUAUACCACCUGGUCACGUAA